AUGGCAUCGGAUUUUGCGAAGGCGUCCCUGCCUGGUGGCGUUGUUAACGACAUUCUCAACUUGUGCGCCAGGCACAACGUCAGCGAAGAAACAUUCUUCAUCACCGCAUGGUCUUACACUAUCGCCAUCUACAAUGGCGCUUCACUUGUCACAACAAGUGUCAUCAGAGAUGGCAAGAAAAACAAGGUUGUAAUAGAGUUUGACUCAAGAAUGACAAUCUUGGAAGCGUGCUCACCCUUGCAUUACACAAAGAUAUGCUCGGGCGCAGAUUCCGAGCACUCUCCUCGCAGUUCCACGCCAGGAGGCGAGCUUCACGACGACCCAGCCACGAUUCUGUUCGCUCAAAAUGGUCCUCUCGACCUCGAGUCAGACAUUGGUGAACAAGGAAUUUUACCCAAUAUUGUGAUUGAUGGUCAAUACCGCAUCGCUCUACACUCUAUUAACGAUCCCAAGGCCUCCCUCAUUCUGUACCUGCUCUGUCAUCCCAAGCGUUCCUGGAGACUUUCACUACCAUCAUCGGACAGUUCGCAACCCUUCCUCACGACACUUUACUUGGCGAAGUCAACGUACUCGGCCCCUUGA